CGGUCGGCAAAAGAAGGCAGAGAUUUUCUUAAAAGAAAAAGAAGAGAAGUAAAACUCCUUCUCCCCAACUCCUUGAAUAAACGGACUAAGAACGUAAAGGCGCGAGUGCUUCCCCUCACCCCCUCAGAUACUAAAAGAGUGCAGUUUACGUAGUAGCUUAUCAAGGAUAUACAAAAUUUACACAAAAUGUUUCGCUUUCUUGCAUUGACCUGCACUUUGGUGGCCCUGGCUGCCAGUCAAAGUUACCAUCAGGAUCCAAAGACAGCGGCCAUCAUCAGUGAGCAGCGUUAUCUGUCGGGAGAUGGUAAAUUCGGUGCUGCCUAUGAGCAGGAAGAUGGCAUUAAUUUCAAAGAGGAAACAGAUGCCGAUGGCACACGUCAUGGUAGCUACAGUUAUGUAGAUCCUUCUGGCCAAAGACGCAGCAUCUCCUAUACGGCUGGCAAGAAUGGUUUCCAAGCAUCUGGUGAUCAUUUGCCACAAGCACCACCAGCUCCACCACAGCCUGUGCCCACAUCUGGCUAUCAGCCACAGCCUCAGUAUCAGCCACAGCAAUAUCAGGCACCAGCUCCUCAGCAUCAGCCAUCCUACCGCAACAAUGAUGAUGGUGAUGAUGGUUCCUACGAUCCUCGCUACAAUGAUCCAUCCUUUAGCCAGCAACAGCAAUCGUAUCAUCAACCUGCCCCCCAACCUCAGUAUCGUCCAGCUCCAGCUCCACAGCCUGCCUACCAGCCAGCUCCUCAGCCUGCCUACCAUCAGCCAGCAGCUCCUCAGUAUCAGCCCCAACAGGCUUAUUAUCCCACAACCACACCCAAUCCUCAUCGCUUCUCGCCACCCGGAAAACUUUCGCUUAACCGUACGCCCGAUGGCUUCACCUACUCCUUUAACAAAGUCUAAGCCAACAGAGAGAGAGAGAGAUAAUUAUAGAUUGAUUUAAACAAAAAAACACAACACAAACAACAACAACAACUAUAAUUUUGCAUAUCUUUCAUACUCUAACACCUCUAUUCGUUUUCUUUUCUAUUCUACACUCUCUUAAACUCGUGUUCUUUUCUAAAAACAAAAAAAAACUUU